GCACAACAAGAUUUCAUGCAGCAGCAGUAACCAUACUUGAAUGCAAAAAUUCAUCUAACCUUUUCAAGAUUUCUUGCUGCUUCAAUUCAAAACUGCCAUCGAAAUUCGCUAAGAGGUCCGAUCUCAGGUUGUUUACCCGGUUUGACCCCUACGGGUUUUGGAAAAAUCGGCGACCCCGUCCGGUUUUCAAAAACCGAACCGGAUCAAUACCUUUUUGAAAUCUGAAAUAAAAAAUUUGAAAAACCCUAACCAACCUCACUCACUCAUCACUCGCUCAUCAUUCAUCACCGAUUCUCUCUCCUCCGUACCUCACUCACCGCGCCGGUCAGCCAACAGAGGUCGCAUCUCCUGCCUCCGCGUCGCCAUUCUCCGUUAUCCUUCCUCCAUGGCGUGUUCAUCGUCGCCGGUCUCUGCCUCCUUCGCGUGACUCGUCAUCCUCUGCGUGUGGCUGUGCUGAAGCUCCGAACUCCGAAGCUUCGCCGUCCCUGACUCAGCUUCUGCUUCUGCUUCUGGCACAAAGAGCUCGAAAUGAGUGCUGCAGAAACACCAAAGAAAACCGGCACGCCCCAAAUUGUUAAGUUGGACAAGGCAUUGAAGUUGGCUGAGGCAUGGGUAAAUAGUAUGAGUAAAGGUGCUGAUGAUCAUGAUGAAAAACCGGAUAAUGAAGUAGAGGGUCGGCCUGAAAGGCUUGGAUUAGGUGCAAAAGUUUCACGGAAAUCCAAAGUUGGUCCCUCAGAUGACCCUGUUGACAGAAAAUUGUAUGCCAAAAUGCAAGCCGAAAAAAGAAAGACAGCGAAAAUUGCCCAAGAAUCUGCUUCAGUCGCAAGCAAUGCUUUAGAUGACGAGGAAUACGAUGAAGAAUUGGAAAGCAGAACUAGUGCGUUCACCAAGAGGAAGGCAUCAGUUCCUUUAACACUGUCUAAUAAGAAGCAAAAGUAAUGGCAUCUACUGAUUCGAGAUCCCUAUGUUUAGUUGGUUAUCAUAUUCUUUGCACUUGUCUUGCUGGCAUGAAAAAAAAAUGAGCUUUCAUGUAAUACAGUUAUGCACUUAAGGACAAUGGCUAUAAAGUACUAUGGCGGCAUCUAAUGCUCAUUUUGACUAUGUUUCCUAUGUUCCUCUUCAGUAAUUUACAAGAAGAGAAGUAACAAUGUUAAGAGGAAAUGGUAUGUGUUCUUAUAUAUAUUUGUAUUGUUUAGCUUGCUAGCAUAUAAACUCUGAAUCUUUUUUUGUAGUUAAUCAAUUACAUUUUGCACAUUGAUUUGUAAAAUUAUACUUGUAC